UUCUUUUUUGCGGACAAUUUAUACUUUUUCUUUUCUAUUUUUUAUUUUAUCAAACGAUCGCUACAGUUACAGUCGGUCAGGUCAGUCGAAUUUGUGAGAUAAAAUCGGUCUUGGGUUAGUGGGUUCUAAGUAAGAAAGAGGAGAAGGAACAGAACGAAGGGUCAAGAGACAAAAAGAAGGAGGACGAAGGGAGGAAGGACUGUGGUUGCUUCAACCUCUUAGGUGUAUAUAUCCAUAAGCUGAUGAUUCAGGUACUCUGAUCUAAUCAAUUGGAUUUGACUUCUUCGAAGUACGCAAGAGAAAACCAAAACAAAUUUUAUUAUUAUGAUUUCGAGGAUCGGUGAAACCUAACGAGGAAAGAGAAGAGAAAAAGAACGAAGAAGAAAUUAAUGAUAAUUAUUACGACUGUCAAGAAAAUGCAGUGACAAGGAUCAAGUGUUUUGUAAUUGAUUUGAUCUAGUGAUAUUAUAAUCUCUAAUAGAGAGAUAGAUAGAUAAUCUAGUGAUCGUUGUUAGUUGAUAAAAAUACGAAAAUGACUACGGUAUUGUCCGACGAAGAUGGGGGAAACGCUAUGAAAUUGAAACAAAAACUUUUGAAUCGUUCGAACGUCAAGGAAGAAACGCGUUCCUUUUUAAAUUUUUCUCGUGAAAAUUUGAGUAUUUCGCAGGCUGAUUUAGAGAGGGGCUUUAAUAAACAACGUUUCAGACCAAACAAAUACACUGUAUUAAGUACAGCCGCGCUGUUAAUAGCACUUUUAUGUUUCGCUUUGGAAACAUGGAAAUUGCGUUGUUCUUUGGUGAAUUCACGUGAGAUCGAAGAAUUGAAAAGAGAUGUUAAAAGUCUCAAGCAUAGAUUUUUACAACAAGAUCUUUUGGACGAAUUGAAGGCAUUCGAAGAACAGCUUUAUGCUGGAGAAUCUGCUGACGAGGAAGAUCCCGGAGAGGUAGAUAUCGAUAACGCAGAAUACGAUUCGAAUUACGAUGACGAGUCUUCAUCCUCAUCCUCGUCAUCCUCGUCAUUGUCUUCGUCCUCGUCAUCGUCGUCGUCGCACGAUUAUUCCGGUGAUUAUCGCACCUUAUCCAUAAUUUCAAAGAACUCUGAUAUUUCUAAAGCAGCUACUAAGUCAACAAUAACAAAAACAAAAAUAUCUACGUCGACGUCAACGUCGACGUCGAUGUCCACCGAUUUCGAAUCAACGUCUACUCAAGAUCCUGUUUCGGAUAAGGCUUUGGUAGAACUAUUUGCUGCAUUAAGAAAAGCCGAAGCUAAGCAAGGUGAAAAAUUUGAAAAAAAUGUCCGUGAAAGUCAUCGUAAUCUCGAACGUGAACGUUUGGAGAACGUCGAUUUACUCGGGAACAAGGAUGACAAUUUAAAAGAAAGAUUCGAAGGUCUUCGUAAAAAAGAAAAAAAUCCUGACGCUAUUAAUUUCGAUCCGAUUAAGAGGAAAAGAUCGAUAAGAGAGGAAAAUAAUUCGGACGAUGCUGUUACGAACAGGACUUCUCGUCAGAGAAAUCAAACGAGGAAACUCGCAUUAUCGAGACAUCGUUUUCACAACGAUGAAUCCGGAGGAGCUGCGAUUAACGAUCGAUCUCUACCCGAAUCGAUCACUUCCUUGGAAAGGCAUCCUCCCAAGAAAUUCAACUCCCACACGCAUCCGGAAACGUCUCGGGCGUUUCCUUCGAGUCGCUACGAUGACGAUAGUUUAAGCGACGAAAUUGCUCGAUCAACUCUGCAACUUGAUGAAGGAGAAAAGGAUUAUGCCAAUUGGAAACAAGCACACGACAAUAUGGAGAUCUCAAACGUUUCUAAAGGAUUACGUCGAGUGGUUAAUAGACGUCACUUGAGAGCACCUCGUCAGAUUUGUGCAACUCAUUAUGGCGCCGACAGCAUACUUUUUUCCGAAGACGAUGAACAUACUGGUAAUGGCCGAGCUCGUCACGGAAAUGGUAUCUUCAAAGCUUGGAGACCAACUGAUUGGGUAUCAGAUUUAGGCAUGAAUAAAUAUUUUGCUUUAGCCAGUGACGGUAGACUUACUGUCUACGAGUCAGGAUUAUAUUUGGUUUAUGCACAAAUUCAUUAUUUGGAUGAACACGAUGAAAAUGGUUUUCAUUUACUGGUAAACAACAGACCUUUGUUUCAAUGCACGAUCUUUAGUCCAAGCGUUGGUCAUAAAAGUCGAUCUUGUUUCUCGGCUCAAGUAACUAUUCUUCAAGCUGGAGAUGUUUUGAUUCUUAAAGACAUUGGUAUAGAUAGAUAUACUCUUUUCCAACACGACAAAAGUUUCUUUGGUUUGGUAAAAUUAGGAGAGUCUAGACAGCAGAGGCAUCCAUCAACACAAUUACCGCCAUAGUGAUGAUAUUCCUCUAAUCAUCGUAUUAGAAUAAUACUUAGAUCAUUGUAAACCAACAGACGUAUCUCGUCUUUGUUUCUUUUUUUUUUUAUGACGAAGGAUGUAAUGUACAUAUUUAGACGUAAUCUAUUUGAUCGAUUUUUUCCUCUCGUUCUUUUUUUUUUUUCUUUAUAAUUGCUCAUGAUUUCAUGCUACGUCAACAUUUUCACCCUUUUCUAACGCGUCAUUUUUUUUUUUUUUUUAUACACAUACACGUAAUUUCAUUAUUUUUUUCUGACAGUAUUUCGAUAUAACACAUUUGAUGUUAUUUUACAUUAUAAUUAUAAUAAAAUGGCAUGCAACGUUCAUCAAUAAUAUCUUUGUUACAACUUCGUUAUUAUAUUAAUGAGCUUUAAUUAAUAGCCUUGCGAUAAUUACACCAAACGCAAUGAUACGAGUGUAAAUAAUAUUUUAUAUUUUGUUAUUAAAAUAAAUAAUACAUAAGAGAUA